AUGUCCUUCUCCUCAUCCGAUGACCUCUCCUCCAAAAAUACUCAUAACAAUAAAACCUGGUUCCAGCAGAACAAGCUCGCUUGCGUCGGCGGUCUUUGGCUCACGUGCAUGACCGGCACUUUUUUCUGGCAACACGUGUUGCAAAACUCCAAAACGCGAACUUCCGUGAAAGUUAUUCACUCGCGUUUGUAUUCGCAAGCGAUAACUUUAUCCGCUUUAUUGGCCGCGAGCGGGGUGGAAUAUUACGACCGAAGGUAUAACAACAAAGGACGAGGAGAUGUUGAAAGAACAGAUCCGUUCGAGUAUAAACACAGGAGAGCGGCGGCGGCGAGUACCGAUGCGGCUGCUUCGAGCAGAUGA